AAGCUUUCACAUUCACGGAUUUACAUCAAUUGAUCUUAAUUGUAAAAAUGAGCAAUAGACUUUGUUGGUCUAAAACAGUUUUGAGCAGUUUAUAAUUUAUGGAUAUGGCAGGUUAUGCAGGAAAUGAAUGUAAGAUAAUGAAAAUAUCUUACAUGAAAUAAGAUACUUUAUUACUUUACUUUACUUUAUUUAUCCCAAGGUUGGGCUCACUAUUUUUUUUCUUUUCAAUAAGGUCUAAUUCUGUCAACCAGCCAUCCCUUUCUCCUCCAUCAGAACGCUGCUUAAGAAGAAAAUGACAGGGCUGUUUUCCCUAACAAUGAGUAAAAAAGAUGGAAUCCUCUACUGUCUGCUGUUGGUCAUCCUCGGUUCUACUUCCUUAUAUACAAGAUAUUUAAGGAACACUAUCCUAAUGAUAAAAUUGCACCCUGAACGAGAACCAAGCCAGCGCAUUAAUUUGGAUGACACAUUUAACUUUGGGGCCAGACCAGCAGUUCAGACAUCAACAUCUUGGAAUGCUCCUAUCAUCUGGGAGGGAAUGUUUGAUCCAAAUCUUUUUGAUCAAAAGCACAUAGGAGAAAAGUCAUCAGUGGCCCUUACUGUGUUUGCUGUGGGACGGUACCUGGAUGCCUACCUCAAGACUUUCCUCAUCUCAGCAGAACAACAUUUUAUGUUGGGAUUACCAGUGACGUAUUAUGUGUUUACAGACUUACCAGACAAAGUACCAAACAUCACACUUGCUUCUCACAGAAAGAUAAAGGUUAUCCAGGUGGGAAAGCACACCAGGUGGCAAGACAUUUCUAUGAUGCGAAUGAAGACAAUAUCAGAAGCUAUACAGUCAGAGAUCCGUCACAGAUUUCAUUAUGUCUUCUGUUUUGAUGUGGAUCAGGAGUUUAAGGGGAGAUUUGGGUCUGAGGCACUGGGUGAUUCUGUGGCUUUGCUCCAUGCCCACUAUUAUAAAUUACCAAAAGCCCAGUUUACCUACGACAGAAACCCCAAAUCUAAAGCCUUCAUGGAAACUGGCGAUUUCUACUACCAUGCUGCUAUCUUUGGAGGAACGUGGCAAAAUGUAAAGCAUUUGGUAGAUGCCUGUUAUCUGGCUAUCAUGGAGGAUGAAAUAAAUCAUGUGGAAGCUCUGUGGCACGAUGAGAGCCAUCUAAACAAGUACUUUUGGAUUCAUAAACCAAGCAGGCUGCUGUCUCCAGAGUACUGCUGGGACCAGAGCAUUUGAGACAAGCAGGAUAUACUUGUCACCCGCCUAGUGUGGGCACCAAAACAUUAUGACACACUUCGUACUGGCUAGAUCGAAAAUCAAAGUUGGAAUUAUUUUAUAAGCAAGGGGCUAGCUUGUUAAACGUAUAUAUAGACUUAUUUUAUGUUGGAUUAUUUCACAAGUGAGCUAGUAGAAUAGCUCGUCUUCCUUUUCUGAAAACUCAUCUAAUCCAGCUAGGUAAAUCUAAAUGCUUAGGCUUGGAGGACUGUUGUUCCUUUUUGUAAUUAUGUUGCAAUAUUAUAUAUUAUUUUGUAAAUAUUUUAGGUUGUGACUAAAUCUGGAGACUUUAAUUAUAGCUUGGUGGCUAACAAAGGUAAAAAUUCUGCUCAUGUACUAAAAUCUUAAAAUACCAUAAAGAGAAGCAUAUCCUCUGACCAGUAGGUUUUUGUGGAAUAUUUAUGGUGUCAAGAAGACAGACAGAAGUGAAUUAAAAGGCCUAAAAUCCAGCUGGGUGGGUGUAAUGUAACAAAGAGUGCAGUGACAGAGAUUUAUGCUUGUGCUUUUGCUGAUAGUUAUUUUUGCUUUAAUCAAAUCAUGAAUCUAAUCAAAAUAUGAUCAAGAGGUAAUAAUUUAAAAACGAAGUGAUUUUAUUAUGCAUGGGCAAUCAGAAGAAGUAAUUUUUGGGUGUAUUGUGAUAAGGAGAGAAAGCAAAUUCUAAGUUACAAUGAAGUAAUCAGAAUUAAAAACUGUAUGUGAAGUACAAAGAGCAAUGUAUUUCUAAUCAAGAUGAUAAGAAGAUGAUAAGAAAUCAGGCUAAAAUUAUGCAAACUGAAGUGAAAUUAUGUUGAAUAAAUGUGACAAUUGUAAUAAAGUAACUCUUACUACAGAGAUAAAGUGAGGCAGAGAAAGAACACUGAGAUGUGCUCAACAUCAAAUGGUUGGACUGACAAAACACUGGAUGAUGGCCAUGACAUGAAGGAAAGGUGAAAAGAAGAAGAGGACUAUAAGACCCUUUGCAGAUAACAGUAAAUUAUUUAAAUAAGACAUUCUAUCUGCAAUUAAAUGUAAU